CACCGACACAAAUUUCCAUCCCCAUUCAUGGCACAUCCUAAUCAAGGCAAGAGGAAAGAUGGGCCUGCGCUAGGGAACCAAGGUCGAAACCACAAGCGCACAAAAUUAUGGGAUGCGAGGUCUAUCCGCAGCCAGACGUCUGAUGCGGCCUUCAGUAAUGGCGAAUUGAACGUGGAUAAAUUUAUCAAGGCACGUGAAUUUGAGAUAAAAGCUUUGGAAAAUGGAAUCAAGAAGGCUAAGCAUGGCCUGUCUACACGUGCGCAUCAGGAGCUGCCCAAAGAGCUGCGGAGGAGGACCGCUAGUCACAAUGUGAAGAGGCUACCCAAAAGGUUGCGCGAGAGAGCUAAGAAGGAGAUGAUUGAAGACAACACGCCAACUGUGACUUCUCGAAGGAGAAAACCAAGCGGUCAUAAGCGAUUACGUCUUGAGAUCGUUGAACGACUGCAAGCUCUCAGCGAGAAGAGCAAAGAACGGAGACGGGUGAAAAAGGCUGUUAAGGCCAAGUCUCAACCCACUGCUGAAGUACCUUCGGAGACCGGCCAAGUAGUUACUGCUACUCAAGAAUCGGUUAAAGUGAAAAGUCCCAAGGUGAAAAAAUCGCGAUUAAGAGAGCCAGCUCUGCCACCGGCAAGGUUUCGUAAGCGACAAAUAAACAAGACAUGGCUACCCACGCACAUGUGGCACGCAAAACGCGCAAAAAUGACGCCACCAAGAGAGCCGAUGUGGAGAUUUGCCAUUCCACUUACUCCAUCUAUCAAAAGCUAUCGCAAUACUCAUCGUGCAAGCGCAGAUAAAGGUGCUAUUGCCUGGGAUACGAGCUAUAUGUCCACCAUUGGACUCGAGGGACGCGAAGAGAGCAUCGCAGGCUUGCUCAAAGCAUUAGGAGUUGGCGCUAAAAGCUCAGAAUUUGAUCCUUGGGGCGUGUCAGGAGCAAAAUGGCGCGCAGGGACACGAGUUUGGGAAGGCUGGCUUCACGAGCGCGAUGCUCCAGCGACUUUAAUCGCUCCAGCAGCAGUACUGUGGAAUUCUAAUCAGUUAGAAUCAGAAGCGGGAGUUCAACCUCAGAAUAAGCCAGGCAAACGGAAGUUGUUCAUUCGAAUUCAUCCGGCUGCCUUCUUUCAAUUGUGGGAGCAGGUAGUUCGCCUGGCAAAAGUGCAAAAGCCCAGCCUUGCCGUGGAAGACCUACGCUUCGAGAUUGGUAGCAUAGAGAUUACUGGUCCGAAUGCUUCAGAGGCCCUCGUUGCUGUUCUACGGCCUCUUGAACAAACAUGUGGAGACGCAAUAUGGCCCAAGCUAGCAGCGACUACUCCCGCAUCCCUCCCAAGAAAUUGCUUGCUAGCAAUCUCAAUUACUGAUCCGAGACUCCACCAUCCUCCUCGGACAAUAGCAAUAGAUCAGCUAAAUGCUCAAGAUCCGAAGCUGAUACAACUGCUGACUAGUUGGCCGCUUGACCGCACGCCCUGUGCAGCAGCUAUAUUUGACCGCAACGCUCGAGCCAAGGCUACACGAUCUAUGCCGUCUAACUCUGCCGUGAAUCGCCGUAAAUCAAUGGCUGAUCCAGGCGAGUAUCCAGCCAUUCUUCCUUCUGAUCCACUGAUUCCGGUCCUAGCAUUCGCAACCCAGUCUAGUCCGGAGGAGAGUGGCACUUGGACCGUCUUGCUUCCAUGGCGCUAUGUUUUGCCGGUUUGGAAAUCCCUUGUAUGCUAUCCCCUUUCCACUGGCGGCGCCAUACGGUUUGGAGGCAUCAACGAAAAGAGGCAGCUUGCAUACGAGAACGGAAUUCCUUGGUUUCCGGCUGAUUUCCCGGCUACGAAAGCAGGACAGCAGUGGGAAGCUGAGGAUUCGCAUAGACGAAAAACUGAAUGGGACCGAAAGCCGAAAAGCCGCAGAAUUGAGUUCCGAAGCAUUAAUCUUGGCGAAAAUCGCAGAGGAGAAAUUGGCGUUGGAUGGUCUUGCGACUGGCAAAGACUGAUUGAUGGGCCACCAGUUGCAGAAGAAAAUCGAAUGAACACAAGUUUGGAAGAUGAGGGUAUAUCCGAGGAUUUGGAAAAAACAGCGAAAGCCCUUACAGCUUUACACCAGAUACCUCAGGCUAUUGCCUCACAAGCUCUAACACGUGGGAGAAUUUCCAAUCUCGAACCUAACGGGUUGGCAACAGUUCGGAUCACCAUGUUGAGUCGUGGUCGGCCAAAUAUUUGUGCUCGAAUCUACCGUUUGCCAACCAACAACCCCAAUUUGCGACAAAAAUGGCUGGAGCAACAGCCUCCUCUUCGAAAGAAACAACCACAUAGCAGAAAUGCGAAGUUCCCAUCUCGACCGAGUGAAAACGCAUCUUCUGCAAUGCAGAGAUCGUGGCUUGCUGCAGCGAUACUAGCAGACCCUCCUGAACCAGGAAGCAAGGACUACCCCGUCGUCCCAGAUGAAAUUGACCUGGUUGGUUUUGUCACCACUGGAAAUUUCAACUUGAAUGUUGGCAAGGGUGUCGGUAUCGGGUCGGUACUUUUGCGGAAAGUGUUAACAAGUGAACAGUGUGGUGCGCUUAAGGAUACGGAUUUGCAUCCACCAAGUCAUGAACAGUUCCUCUGCAUAGUGAGAGAUGCUGGCGAAUCAUACGGUAGACUUGCCAAGUGGAAGCUCGUAUGAAAGAUGCGUGACCCUUGCGGACAAGUUCUGUUGAUCCAAUUCGGCACGUAAUUAUGUUCACCCUGAUUGGCCUUCAUGUACGUGCUCAGUCGAAGCAUGGAUGAACUCUAGCACAAUAGUACCAAUCGGUAUGAUGGUGUUGUGUAACUCCUUCAUAAGCGGCCUGGUUAGCGGAGAACCCAACGCGACCCUGAAUCUUUUUACAGCCGGGCAAAUGUGCUGUUCAUUUGCAGCCGAGGCCGUAUGGUUCCGGAAGUCUAGGAAGGUCGAAGUUGCUAUCCUACUCCAAAGCAAAGGUCAGUCCGAGGAGGUACAAGCAGUUGUGAAGAAUGAAAAGUACAUCCCAACCAGUCACCUCAAUGGCCUUCGAGUGGAAAAUCGCAAUUCCUUCAUUACAUAUAUGACCGGAAUAGUUCUCUUGCCUACUUUGGCGUUUCGAGCACGUCACCUCCUGGGUUGGAACGAGUAUUUCAUGUCCAUGGCAGAGAGAAAUCUUUGGCGGAUGACAAGCAUCUCCCACCUCGUGUUGCCUCUGUCCAUAGCUGGCCUCAGCGGGAUUCGAUUUCGCCGCAGCAGCAAAUGGCUCCGUCCUGUACUCUGGGCCUUCAUAUGUGCUUACAUUCUUCUGCGGGUGUUUGUAGUCGUUGAGUUGCUUGCAGGUCUGCGCCAGUUCCCUUCAGAUGUACACAAAGACGAUAACUGGACCAAAUAUACUCCACACACUGGGAGCUGAAUGAGAAGCGCUGCAUCCUGUUUGAAGAGGGCAAUUUUUACCUUUUUUAUGUUUGCAUCUUGCAGUAGUGGGC